AUGUUCUCUUUCGCAGGUGCCUUCACUUCGCUGACCUUGGUGUACCUGGUCGCUACUGCCAGUGUCACAGCUGGUCCCGUCAAGGUCCCUGUAGCCCGUGCCACUUGCUCCAAGAUCGACAUCUUCAAGGAAUGGAGAGACCUUACUACUGAUGAAAAAGCGGACUAUAUUCGCUCAGUAAAGUGCUUGAUGACGAUCCCGCCAAGAGAGGAUCGCGAAGCAGUUACGUCGCGAUUUGAAGAGUUUCAGGCGACCCAUAUCUUACUCACAGAGAGGGUUCACCCGGUUGGUCAUUUCCUACCCUGGCAUCGUCACCUGGGAACCCUUUACUUCCAUGCACUCCGCGAUGAGUGUGGAUACAAAGGACCUUAUGCUUUCUGGGACUGGUCUCGAGACGCGGAUAGUAGCCUUCCGUCAGUCCUCAAGGACUCCCCGAUUUUCGACCCCGUUGCCGGCUUUGGCGGGGAUGGUGUUCCAGGAACCUACCAGCUUCCCCCUGACCCCAAGGGCGAAUUGUUCACCAAUAUCGGAAUCUACAGAGGCUGUAUCCGUGAUGGGCCAUUCAAAGAUGCCUUAGUUCACCGUGGCCCCGGAAAGCUCAUUACUACCCCCUGUAUCGUUCGUGGAAUCGACGAAAGCUGGCGUAGGGCGGUUGUCUCCACCAACAUCAACCGAAUCAUCAACAACUCCACAACCUUUGACAGAUUUAUGCUUCUGAUCAACGGCCCUCACGGCGCAGGCCACGGAAUCGUCGGCGGUGAGAUGCUCAACAUCUACUCUGCCGGUGCUGAUCCGCUUUUUUAUUUACAUCAUGCCAAUCUUGACCGAGUCUGGUGGAAAUGGCAGAAUGCCGAUCCCGCGACGCGUCUCUACGAGAUCUCGGGACCGACGACGCCAGGGGGUCGGGAUGAAAUUACUCUCGACUUCGCGAUGGAUUUCCCCGCCUUAGGUCCUAACAUCACUGUUGGGGAGGUUAUGGACUCGACGACAUCUCCAUCCUGCUUUACCUAUGCGUAUUAG